CCACCCAAAAAACAACACAACGUACCUGUACGCGUAGCCCGCCAGAAAGCCCAAGACGCGGCUCGAGAGGCCCGUCGGAAAGCCCUUGUCGACAUGAAGAAGCUUUUGAGCUCCCGGAAGGCCCUCCUUGUUGGCAGGGCCAGCGGCUUGCAGGCCUAUCAGGCGCGGGCCAUUCAGGCAUGCUUGCACCUGAUGGACGCAGAAGGGCAGGGGAUGAUGGCGGCGUCCGAGGUGGCAGCACGAGCCAACCUGUUCUCCAGGAAGUGGGGGGCGCGACUUGUCCGCAAGUGGACCCAGGCGUGGGUGAGGACGAGGAUGCUGCCAGAGUCCCAACGUGGGCGGCAUGCGAAGGUCAUGUCAGUUCUCGCCCAUCCCACGGUGCGCGCUGCAGUGCACGCCUACCUUCGUUCUGAAAAAUGGAGUCAGAAUCCUGUCAGACUCAAGCAGAUGAUGAACAACAAGCUCAGUAUGGAGGAAGCCCGCGAAUAUCGUCGUAUUCUCAAGUCGGAAGAAAUGCCCAACGGGCUCAAGGGCUUCGUUACGAUGGAAAUCCUCCCCCGAUACCAUCUGAAACCGGGUCACCUUGGACUGUCCCGCCUCAUGGUGGCCCAGGCGCACGAUGGGGCACGCUGGAGUUGGCUCCUCAAUGGAGAGUCCCCGAUCAGGAAAAAGGGACCUGGGCGGGGAUUGCACCAGAGCGAUUUCAUUUGCUCAACUGUUGGGUGGCUGCAUGAAGCUAGCGUUACAUUGGAAUAUGGUAAGAAUCACGAGGGAUUCUGGAACGGUGAGCUUUUCUGCAAGCAGUUGACAGAGAGGUUCUUCCCAGCAUUCAAGAAGGCACACGGAGAUGGGCACAUCGCCUGCAUACUUGUCGAUAACUCACAGGGAUUAGGACACUCGGUAUAUGCACCCGAUGCUUUGCGAGCGUCCAAGAUGAACCUUAACCCGGGCGGAGCGCAGCCUCACAUGCGCGAUGGAUGGUACUUACGGGAUGGUGAGAAAGUGACACAGCAGAUGAUUUUCCCCUCCGAUCAUCCAGAGCGCCCCAACCAGCCCAAGGGGAUGAAGGCUAUUCUGACGGAACGGGGGCUAUGGCGGCCCAGGCUUCUCAUGAAGUGCAAGGGGAAGCACUGCGAUUACACCUUUGACACGCUCCGUGAGAACAUGCCGAAAGCACUACAGUCCGUCUCAAUCGAGCUCAUCCGAAAAUGGGAGCAUCGUGCUUGGAGGUUUGUUGAUGCAUAUGCUGAGGGCCUCAGAGCGCGGGAGGCACAGCAGAAGGUGAAAGAGUUUAGUUCGCGCAGGUACAAGUCCCACCGCCGGAUCCCGGAGCAGCUGGCACAGGCAAUGGACGUCAUAUAG